AUGGAAUGCGUCUAUGCAAUUGGUCUGUAUGCGUCGCAGGCUUCGCAGUUUAUGAAUCGACUAGCUAUCGUGAGCACGGGUUCAAGUUAUCCAUAUUCAAGAUAUACCCUUUACCAAGCUCCAAAAAUCCUUCACGUCCCUAAAUCCGCAUCCGAAUCUAAUUAUCUCUUCCCGCAUUUCCCAGUGGUAGGUGGAGAAUCUUCAAUAUUCAUGACGCAUGAUUACCAAGUCAGUCCAAACACAUACGUAGCACAGUACUGCUCUCUCGAACUAUCUCGGCAGGAGAUGGAGACGAAAAUUGUGCAUAGAUCGCUACCGAUCACUCCCACGAAUCCGCACCGCUCAAGAGAUAACAUAGAAUCGGAAACGAGAUGUUUGGCAUACAUCACUAGAUUAUCUCAGGAAAAGAGAGCUACUCUAGUCUCUACUUCAGAACUCAUUGCCUGGCAUGAUUGUUCGGAGGGAAUCAUCGCAAGUCUAGCUUUUCAGAAUAAGAUUUCAGUGGUUGGGCAUCAUAAUAAAUUUGCCCCGCAGUAUUUUUGCGAGUCCUGUAUUCGUGUGGAUGCAGAUUCGGCUUUUCAAAUGAGAAAUCUGAUUUCCGACGAUCAAUUCUUCCUACCCGAGAAAACUUCGCCUCAGCUUUCAGCCCUUGCUUGGUACCAAGGACACCUGCAUGUCUUUGUACGAAGUUUGAGUGGAAAUUUAUGGCGUCCGAUCACGACACUUGGUCGCGAGGAAAGAAACGCCGACGAAAUUACCAAAUGGUUGGAAGAGAGUGGUACCCUUAAGCAUUACCUCAGGUUUAUGAAAAAAUACAAAGAUAUGAUUGGUUGUCUAGAUCUGAAUGAUCCGCAAUUCUUUCAAAACUAUGAACUUCACAAAGAGGCCCGCAUUUUUUUGGCCGUGAGAUUUGCCCUGAUCAAAACAAGACAACUCGUGUCAUCUAGUGUAACGGGUGAAAUUGGUCAACACUUCGACGUACCGUCAACGUUGAGUUCAUAG